GUAGCCCUGCUGGACCGCAACUCCGAGGCCGGGCAGGAGAGCAAGGAGGCCCUGGACGAGCAGUUCGAAGCGCAGAGGACGGUGUUCAUCCCGUGCGACGUUACGGAUCCCGAGCAGCUGAAAGGUGCAUUCGAAAAAGUAAUUGAACAUUUUGGAAGGCUGGAUAUUGUGGUUAAUAAUGCUGGAGUGAACAAUGAGAAGGACUGGGAAAGCACUAUACAAAUUAACUUGACUUCUGUGAUUAGAGGAACCUACCUCGGCCUAGAAUACAUGAGAAAAGGAAAUGGAGGCGACGGAGGAGUAAUCAUUAAUAUCUCAUCUUUGGCAGGACUCAUGCCUGCUGCAUUCCAACCUGUGUACUGUGCUACAAAGCAUGGUGUAAUUGGAUUCACACGGUCAAUAGCAUUAGCUGCUCAUAUGGAAAACUACGGUGUGAGACUCAACACAAUUUGUCCAGGAUUUGUCAACACACCAAUUCUUCAAUCAAUAGAUAAAGAAGAGAAUAUGGGACAAUAUUAUUCAUAUAAAGAUGAGAUCAAAAAUAUGAUGCAGUUCUAUGGCGUGAUGGACCCAUCAAUAAUUGCUGAGGGACUGAUAACAAUAAUUGAAGAUGAUACCCUAAAUGGAGAAGUUAUGAAGAUUACAGCAUCCCAAGGGAUUCAUUUUCAACAAUACAACCAAACACCUUUUACAUCAUCAAAGAGAUAA